AUUUAUAAUAUUCUGAAUGACCUUUGCUCUGAGAAAAGUAUUUUUUACAUCAACUGUCUUGUUUCUUGUUAUUUUGUUGAAAAUGCCUUUGCAGAAUACUUCAAUCAAAGUAACUGAAUUUGUUAUAGGUGGAUUUGAAGCAACCAAAAGACCUAUGGUAGUUGGUGUGGUUAUAUUGAUAACCUAUGUUCUAACUAUUUUAGCCAGUGCUGUAAAUAUCCUGUUCAUUAUUUUUGACAGGAACUUACACAAACCAAUGUAUCUUCUGAUUUGCAACCUUGCUGUUGUUGAUAUAGUGUACACCUCCAGUGCCAGUCCCACAAUGAUUGGGGUUCUAUUUGCUGGGGUUAAGACUAUAUCCUAUGUACCAUGCUUAAUUCAAAUGUUUGUUUUCCACUGGGGUGGGGUGAUGGAAAUGUUUGCUUUAGCGGUUAUGGCAUUUGAUCGAUUGAUUGCUGUUGGCUAUCCCUUUCAGUACCACAGUUAUUUAACAAAUGUGCGCACUCUUGUCCUUACAUGUGUCCUGUGGUUUGCUGCCUGUUGUUUUGUGGCUGUCAUGCCUGCAACUGUGCUUCCUCUCCCUCACUGCCACACAAAGCUGAAGUACAUGUUCUGUGAAUAUGCUGCAUUAGUACGAACUUCUUGUGUUGACCCCACUUACUAUUUCAAUCUCGUUACCAUCAUAGCAUUUUUCCUGUUAUUUUUCACUUUCUCUUUAAUUUGCCUGUCAUACUUUUGGAUGAUAGUUUCUGUGAAAUUAUCCUCAAAUAAUGACAAAAAGAAAAUGGGCAGCACUUGUUUGAGUCACUUCAUUGUGGUAACAUCUUAUUACUGUCCAUUAUUUAUCACUAUUGUCUUGACUAGGCUAGGUGUGGUAUUAACUCUUGAUGCUCGGCAAGGUUUAACGCUCGGGGCCAUGCUCGGUCCAUCUCUUUUAAAUCCUUUGGUGUAUUGUCUUAGGACAAAAGAGAUCAGAUGUAAGCUCUUCAAGGUAUUCAAAAAGAUUUUACAUCUCAGUAGAUUCUUGUGAACUUUGAACUUAUCAUACAAGUUGCAUUUUUUUACGGUUAAAGUGUUAUAUGCUAAAGUUAUAAAUAUAUGUUUUCAUGAAUUUUCUAAAUCAUUUUCCUGAAAGUGUCUGACAUAGUAUGCGUUCCCAAAAUGACGUAUAUCAUCAUAUAGAAAUAUAUUUAAACUUACAUCGGCAUAGCAUGUUGCACUCUAUUUGAUGACAUAACAAUCACACCUUUUAACAUAAUAAUAAUUUAUUGGAAAGCACAUCUGUUUUAUUUUAUGUAAACAUGAGCUGUGCCUCAUUUGUAUACCACACACUGAUGUCAUACUACACUGCAUGAAAUAAAGAUCUUAGGUUACAUGUACAUAGAUGUUAAUGUUUUGGGGGUUUUUUGACAUUUGACAUUUCCUAAUGGUGACAAUUGAAUGCAUAAUUGAAAAAUAUCUGCCAGUUAAAGAUAAUGGAAAGCAAAAUGUUACAAAUGCUGUAGGAUGCAGCUGCUGAGACAAACAUAUCAUAUAUCCUGUGACUGUAAAUUGCCAUGUGUUUACGGUGUGUGAAUGAAAUAACAUUUUAAGCAAGAACUGAUGUUUACAGGUUAUUACAAUGGUAUAAA